UUAAAUAUUUUAGCACCGCUGAAAUUAAGGAAAUUAAGUUCAAAACGAUCAAAACAAACUAUAAUUCCAUAGUGCGCCAUAUCUUUCUGCUUUGGUGAGAGAGGUAUUAUGUAUUGUAUUAAUUUGGACUUUGGACAUUUGGAGAACUCACCAUUUGGACACCCCCUUCUCCUCUUUUAUUUGCAUUAAAAAUAACUUAAUUUAAUAAUUUUCCACUCCAACGCAUUAAGUUUGAUCCCUUUGGGGACAAUCGCAAAAAUUUAGUGACUGUUAUACCGCAACAGCAGCUAAUUUAAAUUUUAAAAUGAUGCUCAUCAUUUAUCUAAAUUGCUUCCUAUUACAUAUCAUACACGUAACAAAAUUUGAACAGCAAUAAUUGAAGCGGUUGGUUCCAAAAACACAUGAUGACCUCAGCAGCCACUCUUCACACAUCAUACUUCUCAAACAUCUUGGAGUCUUUAUAUUAUAUAUGUACGAAAAUGAAACCUGUGAUGAUGCAACCUCGCAAACAUUUGUGUUUUCCCCUACCAAAAAAUAGCAAGCGCGCGAUCUCAGAUGACACAAGCGGAGGCAACGAUUUUUCUACUAAUCCUUUUCCAACGCGAUAACAGCAAAAGGAGUCGCGCAAGUAAAUCAACAAAACAUCACAAACAGCAUUUUUAUCUCAAGGCCUACUUCGUCCGCAGCAAGGCAGACAACGACGAGACGAUGCCGUCGGGCAGGCGGGCCAAGAAAAAGCAGCAGAAACGAAACCGAAAACGACGCCAGUUGCUCGAGAGGUCUCGCAGGAGCAGGGAUGACCUCAUCAACUCUGCCCUGGAGGAGACGGACGUCGUGGCCUUCGUGCCGACGCCCAGGAGCGUCCUCAAUCGCUCGCACCGCUCAUCCUUCUGUGACGUGACAGAUGGGCCCAUCUUUGGUACUCCCGCAGGAGACAGCAAGGCCAGAGGACGCACCCUCUUCAUCAACAGCACCCCGAGGCGGAGGAUCAGUUACUCGCCGUCACCUAGCAGGUUCCGCAGCCCCCAGAGGCCCACCUCGCAGCUGUUUAAACCUGUCAUCACCGUUGAGGAGGCAAAGCUGUGCGGCGGUGAAGAGACUGACACUGCUCCCUUGCAACUGGCGUGCAUCACUAGCUCAACAGAUAAACCCGAAAAGACAGUUUCAAAGCUAUUCGACGGAAGCUGCGUGAAAGGUGCUUUUGUGACGCUCCUAAACACUGUGACUGCGUACUUCUGGAAAAUCUACUUGUCAUUCACCACAGCUACAGUUACCAGAACUAAGAAGCAUGAUUGCAGUGGAGACGCAGCACUAACUGCAAAAUUGGACCAAAUUCUGCUAUGUAUCAGUGAAAUUAGCAUCAAACAGGAUAAAUUCAACGAGAGACAGGAAAAUCUAUUCAACAGACUAUCCGUUUUGGAGGCAAAAAUGUCUAGCUCAGCCCCAAUUGCAAUUCGGGCACUGUCUUCAGGAGGACCACCCCCGCCCCCGCCGCCUCCACCACCCAUGCCCAUCUUCAAAGCUGCAGAACCCCUCGAAAUUAUCAAAAAACCUCAUAACCAACUGGCAGUUAAAGACAAAGGGCCAUCAAGACCAAGCAUCACACUCGAGGAUAUACUAGGAGUUCAGCUGAAGAAAACCCCUGCUGUGAGACCAUACUCUGAUAGAACUCCCUCAAAAGGAUCAGGACUAAAGGGUCCAUUGGUGUCUGUAGACAUGAUUCGAUCUGUGAAGCUGAAGCCAACAACAAUGCGUCGACAGAGUUUGGAACGACCCCUUCAAACACCAAGCUCGAUUUUUUUUCUCUCACGAAACCCAAGCAUAUUUACCGAAACUGAAAGUGAACUGAAAAUUUAACGUGUCGUGAUCUAAGAUUGAACUGUUUUAAGAAUGGGACAAAGUGAUAAUAGCUAAUAACAAAAACUGCUUAAUAGCAUCAACACAAAAUCAUUUCAUUUUAAGGUUAGCUUUAUUUACACUUUAACUGAACUUCAAUGACUGUUCCUUAAUGGUGUUCUUUUAACAUUUUAACUUUAGGUCCUAACAUUGACCUUUGUCAAAUUUCACAAAUUGUUCAUCUGAUGUGAUGGCAAGCAUAUUGCUUGCUUUACAGAGAUCGAUUAUGUCAAUCAUGAUUGAUGUAAGAGAGGAUUACUCAAUCUCGUAAUGUGCUUCAGCUGAAUGGAUUAUGUUAAUAAUAUGCUUUGCAGAAUUACGGAAAGGUAUAAUCA